CGUACACGGUGACUUCACACACUCAUCUCCCAGGUCUUGUCGAUGUACAGCGCGCGGUCGUCGUCUUCUCCAGGAUAUUUUUUUGGGGAUACGUCACAUCGACAAGAAAAUAAAAAACACGCUAUUUUUGUAUGAUAUACUGUGAAUAAAAAUGCUUGUGGUUAUUAUGGAGGCAGACGGUAAGUUGCCAAUUUCAAAUAUGAAAAUGUAUGGGUUAUAUAACAACGAUGUCCAUUUUAGCAUAUUGUUUUCUCUAGCCUACAUAUGCCAAUGUCUAUCAUUUUUCUAGCUGCGCUUUUUCAAGUAAGCCACAAUAUCAGGUUGUAUACAGAAUAGAUAGCGCUAUAUGGUCUAUUGCCUGUAGCUGGGAUGGGGGCGGGGAUGGACAGCGAAACCUUCAGUAGGCUAUUGUAUUGGUUUUCAUCAUACGUAAUUAAAUGACCAUGAUGACUCUCACUCUAUUAAUAUUGACAUGCGUUUAGAUCACAGAGCAUUCACACGGAACAAACAGAUACAUGCAAAUGCUAUAUGUUUUAAUAAGUAGGCUUAAAUGUGAUCAUAUGAGAAUCGUCGAAUGUUAAUCUAUUGUGUAAACAUAUCAUAUGAAGUACCAUCGAUAGAAUGAUUAGAUAAGUGUAGGAUACACAUUUUUUAUCAGCUUGCUUUUGCCUCAGCCUAGGCCUAUUUAGACUCAGUGGUUGUCAGGGAGGAGAAAAAAACAAGCAGAAUUCUUAUCAUUCACAAUGGUAAUCAUAGACAUCUUUCAUACAUGGUGUUGUAAUAAACUCUGAUUUCUGUGUUUUCUACUAGAAAUCUGUGGUCUUUGCCAUGACCAAGGGGACCAUGUCAGUGGAGGAGACAGCAGAUACUUUCACCAUGCCGUUCAGUGAAAUGGUGUGAACAUGUGAGGCUGCACUCCAGUCCUCACUAACUCAAUGGAGAAAUUCCAUUGAAACUGCUUUUUAUUCCCGAACUAGGCUUAAUCUGUGUCCGGGAAACCAGCCCUACUGUAUGUGUACAAUGAAUGUGACCAGUCCGCCGUCAGCCCUGGUGGAUGUGCUUCGCCACUACCACACCUACAACAGCAGCAGCCUGGGCCCAAGGUCCCUCUCCUCUUCCUCCCCUGGUUGGGCCCUGAUCCACACGGCUACACUGACCUCCUGCUCCCUCGUCCUCAUCUUUAUCUUCUGUCUGGGUUCCUAUGGCAACCUGGUGGUGUUCCUCUCCUUCUUCGACCCGGCCUUCCGCAAGUUCCGCACCAACUUCGACUUCAUGAUCCUGAACUUAUCGUUCUGUGAUAUGAUUAUAUGUUGCGUGAUGGCGCCGAUGUUCGCGUUGGUGCUCUUUCUUGACUCAGGAGGAGGGGGUGGCGUAUCAAAUACUUUUUGCUUCACCUUCCACCUGACCAGCUCAGCCUUCAUCAUCAUGUCUCUGGAGACGGUAGCUGUGAUCGCCCUCCAUAGGCUCCGUAUGGUCCUGGGCCAGCAGCCCAACCGCAUGGCCUCGCUCCCCUGUACUCUGGCUCUCACCGCCCUCCUCUGGACCUCCAGCUUCACCAUAGCUGCCCUGCUCACCCUGCGAACCUACCCCACAAAGGAGGGACCCUGCCUGCCUCACUUCGGUUUAACGGGUGGGCGUGCCAGGGUGGUUCUAUAUGUCUACCUGGCAGACUUUGCCUUCUGCGUGGCGGUGGUGUCUGUCUGUUACCUGAUGAUCGCUCAGACGCUAAGGAAGAACGCACAGGUGAGGAAGUGCCGCAUCAUCACAGUAGACGCCACUCGUCCGCCGCUACCACCACCCCCGCUCAUCGCGGUAGACGCCACUCGUCCGCCGCUACCACCACCCCCGCUCAUCGCGGCCGAGUUAGAGGGCAUGCAGUGUGCCGUCCAGGUCCCUUCGCUCUACCGCAACCAGACCUACAACAAACUACAACACAUUCAGACUCACUCCUACACUAACAGACCCACUAGCCAGGGUCUAGUACCCGGCGCUGCCCAGGGAGCUACCUGCUGCCAGCUGGUCUCUACCGUCAACCUGGCCACAGUUAAGGACUCCAAGGCUGUAGUAACCUGUGUGGUGAUCGUAUUCUCCGUCCUCCUCUGUUGUCUCCCCAUGGGCGUCUCCUUAGCCCAGGACGUCCUUUCUCCAGAGAGCAGCUUCGCUCACUACCAGUUUGAACUGUGCGGUUUCGCACUCAUCUUCCUCAAGUCGUGCAUCAACCCGUUCGUGUACUCCCGCAACAGCGCCGGGCUCCGCCGCCGCAUCCUCUGCUGUCUCCAAUGGGUGGCUCUGGUGUUCCUCUGCUGCAAGCACAAGACACGGCUCCACGCCAUGGGCAAAGGCAGUCUCGAGGUCAACCGUAACAAGUCCUCGCACCACGAGACCAACUCAGCCUAUGUCCUCUCACCCAAGCCCCAAAAGAGACUGGUGGAUCAAGCCUGUGGACCCAGUCACUCCCGGGACUGUGCCCCCAGUCCGAGAGCCACAGGCGGGCAUGGUGGACGUAAACCCCGGCCCCCUAGCACCUCCACCCCCAUCAACACCCGUAUCGAGCCAUACUACAGUAUUUACAACAGCAGCCCCUCCGCUGGACCCGGCUCCCCUACCAACAGUCUGCAGCCUGCUACCAACUCCUCCUCCUCCCAGGCCUUUGGGUUCGCUAAGUCCUACGUAGCCAUGCACUAUCACACCCACCAGGAGGUGCUGCAGGACGUUGAGAGCACCUCAGCCCAUAAGAUACCCAUGCCUUCAGUGUAACUAACCACCAUAAUUGAUUGAUUGAUCAGAUCCCCAUCCCUUCAGUCUAACGUGAUGAGUAACCUUGGCUUGGCUCCCCAAGCUAAUGCCAAUAGGUUUUAGCUCAGUGGUCCAACAUAGUCUUGUGGUUCUGCCGGACUUUGAGAGCACCGCAGUGCAUCAGAUCCCCAUACCUUCAGUCUAACUUACCACCAUAAUGUAUAGAUGAAUUGAUUGGUUGAUUGAUUGAUCAGAUACUGUACCUUCAGUCUAACCUAUGCUGAAACUGGAGAUGGCUUGGGCAUACAUACCAGGGAUACUAAGAAGUCACUAUAUUGUUAUACCACCAUUACUAUUACCACAAGACACCAGAGAGUAAACAGAUGCUCAUUUUCUGAAUAUCAUGCGGUAUUGAACUGUUUUUUGUGGUGGUUAAAGGUAGAGAAUAAUCCCCAUUGACUUUGCCCCGAUAAGGAUGGAAGGUCUCCUAGUCCAGAGGGAAACGCGUGAAGAAUAGAGAGAUACGUAACAGUACUGAUCCCAAAGUGUUAUUGAACUGACUGGGAUCUAUUUUUACACUGACAUUACGUUUUUCUAAUUGAAAAAUGUAGAUGGUCUUUCUCUUCAUAAUAAUACUGUAUUUGUGAGUCUCAUACAUUUUCUAUGAUAUCAAUAAAUGUUUUGCAAGUGCAAUGUGUCCAGUGCGCUCCUGGCAAAGAACAUAUAAUUCUAGAGCCAUCAAUCUCCAGUGUAGAAUAUUAGAAAUUCUACAUUUGAUAGUGUUCUACGUACAGACGGUAUAUUACAUUGUAUAACGUAAAUAAUCGUAUAAAUUCCUCAAGUUUAGGGAAUAGAUUUUUGAAGUUUAGAAAAUUAGCAGCAGGAGUUAUGGAAUUGCUCCUCUGAUUUUCAAGUCAAAUUGAAAACCUAUUGCAGAGCCAUAAAGGUGAACAGCACCUUUUAUGAAGUAAAACUGUAAGCACAACAUUGGAGCCCUCUAGUGGUCAGAUAAUCAACCUGCACCUCAAGCUUUUGUCAUAUCACACAAUUACGCACAGUGCAUGCGUCUAUCCAUAAAGAUCUCUACUUGGAAAUAACCAGCUCAAUGGAGCUGCCCAUGCUCUCAAAGACGCCAUAAUGGGACAGAUACAAAGAGUCGUCGUCUAACUAUAUCUAUGAUCUAUCUGUGGUAUCGCAUAAGCUACAGGUACAAAUCACAUUUUCUUUAGAGAAGAGCAUCAGUUGGCCUUUUACUACAUGUAUGAUGGUUCAAACUGAAUGCUAGUUAUACAACAAGAGCUUUAUCAUAUCGUGGCUAGCUCUCCAAGACAAGAGUAUGACUAUCAAUAUUUUUAACUCAAUUUUAUUCAUUUUUGUUAAGAUAUAUUUUUAUUUCAUUAUUUUCUUGUUUCAGUGUAUCCCUCAUUUAAACCAUAGAACACACCAUAUUUAGAAAUCCACAGGAAACAUCUGAUUCAGUAAAUAAAACGUUAAUCAGUGCUCGUCAAUUACAUCGGGGGAUUGAAUAUACAGUACGUCAAGUUACUCUCACUCACCCUGUAACAUAACAACCACCAUGGUUGGGGUCAAUUCCAUUUCAAUACAGUCAAUUCAGAAAGUAAACUGAAAUUAAAAUCCCAAUUUUACUUAUUGCUUUCGAAUGAGGAAAUACUGUAGCACUUGGAAUUUCAGUUUACUUCCUGAAUGGACAAUUGAAAUUUACCCAAACCAUGACACCAGAACCCUAUUCUUACUAUACCCACAGUUACUGUUUGUCUGCACAUUUUAAAAUUCAAACUGACCUUGCUCAAAGAUAUCUACAAAACAAAAAAUGCAUACAAUUGCAAAGUGUCACGGACAAGCAUCAAAUCAAACUGAAAUUAAACCCAAAUAAAUACAGAUCAUUUAGAAUGUUGGCGAUAAAAACCAACAUGGAAGCUGGUUCUCCUAAUGAGGUUCUUUGAAUGAUUGGUCAUUCUCUGUCCUGGCAUAUUGGCCUGAAAAGACACUAGAACUAACCUGCCGAAGAUAAAGAAUACAAGGAAGAUAUGAAGUCCCGGACAUAGAUCCACUGCCUUGUGGAGUGAGCAGGGUCCCAUUUUGUGUGAGUCUCUGUCCUAUUUGGAAUUGGAUUUCCAAUUCAAAUCAAAUGUGUUUUCCCAUGCUUUUAUCAUAAGGCUUUUGAUGUAGAAUGGGGCUGGUACAGUCCAUGGAGGAGGUUUAAGCCAGGGCGUUAGUGAGGGGCUGUGGUCCUGGCUUCCAGGGGCUGUUCCAGGAUCAACACUUUCUCCCUCUACUUUUUUUCAUGUCUGUCUGAACCUCCUGAGCAGUGCCAUGGG